AAUGGAGUGCACUGUAUCAUUCUGUAUCCGAUAUAAAAAUAUCUAUUUUGUGUUUUCGUAGUGUCCGUGAACAGAAGCAAUAAGAGCGUAUAUUAACUGGACAUGUUAAUAAAAUGAUAAGUUUUAAUUAUGUUGAUAUGUUGACCUUAUUUCCUAUUUAGCUACACUAUAAACUUUAUCGUUUUAUGUAUAUUUGAUUAAAUUCUCUGAUUUAUAGUUUGUGUAAUAUCAAAUGGAUUCUCCCACAUCUAAUAACUUAAAUAAUUUAAAAGAAACUUCUAGUUCUGGUACUCUAUAUUAUGGAUUAUACACCCCUAACGAUAAUAAAGACUUUCUUCCCACAUCUCCUAAUGUUUUCGAAGAUAAAUUUGAGGCAUUAAAGGUAGCUAAGAAAAAUAAGAAGUCGAGAUUUAAGGCAUUUCAGUUUUACCAUGAAGCUGUAGAAUUUGCACUUAAUGGGUCUGAAUUCCCUAAUAAUAAUACCACAGUAACAGGUCACUUACUUCCAAAGAUACAGCUGGAUUCUGCUCAAUCCAUUGGUGAAAAAGCAAGUCCAUUUAAAGGUCCCAAACCACAGGAACUCGUUGAACUGAGAAAGGCUAUUGAGGGUGGACAUUAUAAGGUUGUGAUGGACACAAUUUGGCAAAAUCCACGUUAUUUAGUCAGCAGUGGUGAUACACCAUCCAUUUUACAGGAAGGACCACGUUACAAUGCAUUACACGUUGCUGCUAAAGCAAAAAAUGCCGAAAUAACAGAAUUGAUAUUAACUACAGUGUCAAACACGGAUUUCAUAAAACUUUUAUAUGGUGACGACAAUCAACAAAAUGCGGAAGCUAGAACUGCUAUUUUGUUAGAUUUAUAUUUGAACACACCCAACAAAGGUUUAAAUGAAACACCUUUACAUUUUGCGUCAAAAUAUGGAGCAGUUGAUGUCCUAGAGAUUUUAGUUUCCUAUCCACAAUGUGAUAAAACUUUAAAAAAUAAGUUUCAAAAAACCGCACAGCAGAUAAUAUGCGAAAGAGCAGAAGGUGAUAACUUGUCUGGAGUAAGGAAAAAAAUUGAACUGCUAUUACAAGACAGCUACUAUGUACCCGUUUUACGAGUAGAGGAUAACAGUUUGCCACCGACGAUUGGUGAACCUUUUUCUCCUACUAGCCCUCCAGUAUUAAAUAUAAAUCCAUUAAGUUCGAGAUUAGAAAUACAUGCGUAUGCGGGUCCUAUGAAUAAAAAAGGGGCCCAGGAGUUUAGGAGAGUCUGGAAAACUCCCCCUAGAUCCUUGAAUUCUAGUUCUUCCAAUUCUAGGAAACUGAACGACUUACAUAGUGUAUCUUCUCUUCGUUUCAAAGAUCUUGAGAAAGGUUUAGAGAGAAUUGGCAAAAAGUUGGCGAACAAGUAUGAAGUCAAUUGGAAAGAAUACUGGCCGUUUUUGGACAGCUUUGUUGAUAUUGCCUCUGACGAGGGUUUAAGACUUUUAGAGGAUUUCUUAUCAAAUCAUGAUGUUGCUCUUUCGAAAUCGUAUAUGGAGUAUAUAAAAAAUGAUUCUCCAGAAUUAAGUAAGUCUGACCCACUUAGUCCGAUUUCCAAUUUGUGUAUUGCAUUUUCAGCAUGUCGUUUGAAUGACUCUCAACGAUCGCCGAACCUAGACUUAAACAGCGAUUCCAAUCGGGAUUCAAUAAUUUAUAUAGACAAGGCAUGUCAAGUGUUUGCGAACCGUAUUUCAAAUGACAUUCUGUACAUUUUGUGUAGUGAAGAGAAUAUUAUCCAAGUGCUUGAGACGGAAAUGAGACAGUUAGAGUUGCUGAUAACUAGCUACAUGGAUGACAACCGAUUCUCUUCCAUAAAUUUCCAAAAAAUUCAUUCACGUUUAGGUACUCUCAUCGGCCAGAAACUCUAUAAUAACAUAAAAGAGGAAGUGCGGGUAUUCCUCUGCGGCAAAAUUGAAAAUAUUCUAGACAAUCUUACGAAAAGCGUGGACUGUUUCUCCUCGGACGAUGAGGGCCAUAGUUUGAAAGAAAUCUCUGAAAAUCGUAAACCGACCAUUUAUAAAAAACAGUUGAUCUGUUUGAUACACCACAUUUUAAAUGUGUUGUGCCAAAGCUAUGAAAUUAGGCAAAUCGGAAUAGACGAUGACUGUAUCAAGGACUGGGAGAUUGCAGAGGCUUGUACUUGCGUUUACCACAGACGGUCGAAAAAGAAUAAUCUGUCUCGGAGCAGCAGUUUCAAAAACAACUUAUUUGGCAGAAAUGAUGUGGAGGGCAUACCAAGGAAAUUAUGUUUCGAUGACGAGGAUGAGGAGCAUGGUAAAAAUGGGAUAAGCAUUCCUAUGAAGCAGGUUGAACCUGAAGAUUCUGACGAUGCAGAUCAAUUUUAUACGCCUCCUUCUAGUCCUAGUUUGUUAGAAAGCGAAGAGUCCGAUGAUGAAUUUAAUGAUUCCGAAUUACCAAAAUAUGAAAUAUUUAUAGAGGGGGAUUGCCCGACCAAACUCGACUGCGAUGUAUAUAAUGCCCUUAGUUACUCAGAAUGUGUGUUAGACAAAGACAAGUACCCGACUGUAUAUAAAUGGCAUCACAAUAUUAGUUUAUACCCGAUAUCGGAACGGGAAAGUUGGGCAUGUUUAAAAGAUAUAACUAAAGCCAAAUCUCCUCAUCCAAAUAGAACUACGAGUUCAUCUUAUUGUGUCGACUCGCCAAGAACAAGUACCCCUUCCAAGUCUUGGUUAAGAAUUACUGGUGCUAACUCUCCUAAGGCAGUGUUUAAAUCUUACAGUAUGCAAGUGUAACUUAAGAUAUUUUUCUCUAAUAAGCUGCUCAUAAAAGCCUUAGUUUACGAAUGUUUUAAAUGUUUCUAACAUCAAUUAGAAAUUGCCAAAAAGUUAUUAGAUGGGGCAUUUUUAGCAGUUCGGUUUUUUGCAGUAUUACAGCGCAUGGGAACAGUGUACGAUAAUUGUAUUCCAGACUAGCACCAAGUAAGAUUUAUUAGUAUUUUCAAGUUUUAUUAAGAGACUAAUUGCAGUUGAAACCAUCUUACAUAGUUCAAAAUAACAUAUCUCGAAUAAAUUAAAAUUUAUUUAAUAAAUGUAUACUUAAAUUUUAAGAUGAUUGUUCCUUAGUAAUAAUAAAGUUUUUAUCACAGUAACAAAUUCGUUGGAAAGAGAUUUCGGUAUGAUUUAUAAUUUUAUCUGAAUCGUAAACACGUGUUUAUUUCGGUUAACAAACAUUUAUGUUGAAUCGAAACUUUGUGUCGACGUUACUUGACGACAAAAAGAGUGAUGACAAUUUUAUUGAGUUUGUAUUUAUAGAUAUAGUACUAAAUAUUGAUGCGGUUCAUAUACUGGCGGAAUAAAAGACACACGUUCAUACUAUUUUUGUUUUUAUUAUUCCAUUAAUAAAGUCACACUUCACUGCACUUUGCAGUCUAAUUCUCACAGUUGAUUCCAAAUCAAUAAUUAUUUUGUUUGAUGUCAGAAACCGUUUUCGUUCCCAGUACUUUGAUUGUACCAUUUUUUUUUACUAAAUCAAAAUAAAGAAGUUGACAAUAUCAAAUUAACUUAAUAAGUAAUUUACUUUUAUGAGCAGUUUAGGUAGGUUUCAAUGUAUUACAAUUACUUAUUUUAUAUGAAGAAUAUGUCCCUGUUUUAUUAGGGUAAUCGAUUUUAAUUAUAUUGUUGACUUGUGUUUUAUAAUAAAUUUUAUUCACUUUACAGGUUGUGCCUACGAAACUGAUUGUCUUUAAGUAGAUGUUAAAAAAUAUUAUAUAUUUUUUUAUUUACUUACCACCGAUGGGUAAACAAAUUAUUUAAUAAA